GUUUUUUGUUCUUAGUCAAGUCUAUUCCUCCCCCCUCUUUCUUGGUACCCCCCGCUCUGGGGUUUCUUUUCAUUGACGUUGGGAUGGCCCACACUGAUUCCCCGCCUCCUCAAGCGGUGAAACAGUAUGGCGUGACAAAACCCAUAUCUUCUGCUGGACCUACGGAGGCGGACAUUCAGAGGAGCUUGGAAUUGGAGAAGUUCUUGGUUGAUGCUGGGCUUUAUGAGAGCAACGAAGAAGCUGCACUGAGAGAAGAGGUUCUUGGCCAAAUUGAUCAGAUUGUAAAAGAUUGGGUGAAGCAGCUAACUCGACAGAGAGGGUAUACUGAUCAAAUGGUUGAGGAUGCAAACGCCGUGAUAUUCACGUUUGGGUCUUAUAGGCUUGGGGUACAUGGUCCUAGGGCUGACAUAGACACUUUGUGUGUUGGGCCUUCCUAUGUGAAUCGAGAGGAAGAUUUCUUUAUUAUUUUGCAUGAUAUCCUGGCUGACAUGGAAGUAGUUACUGAGCUUCAACCCGUUCCAGAUGCUCAUGUUCCUGUAAUGAAAUUCAAGUUCCGGGGAAUAUCUAUUGAUCUUCUAUAUGCUAGUAUCUCUCUUUUGGUCGUCCCAGAAGAUUUGGAUAUCUCCCAUGGAUCUGUAUUGUACAGUGUCGAUGAACAAACUGUUCGAAGCCUUAAUGGAUGCCGUGUUGCAGAUCAAAUUCUUCGACUUGUUCCAAAUGUUGAGCAUUUCCGUACAACGCUCAGGUGUCUAAAGUUUUGGGCCAGAAGGCGUGGCGUUUAUUCGAACGUGACUGGAUUUCUAGGUGGUGUGAAUUGGGCUCUUUUGGUUGCUGGGGUAUGCCAGCUUUAUCCUAAUGCAAAUCCAAGUAUGCUGGUUUCCCGCUUUUUCAGGGUUUAUACACAGUGGCGCUGGCCAAACCCUGUAAUGCUUUGUGCAAUUGAAGAGGAUGAACUGGGGUUCGCUGUUUGGGACCCUCGUAAAACCCCCCGUGACAGGACUCAUCUUAUGCCAAUCAUAACUCCUGCAUACCCUUGCAUGAACUCUAGCUACAAUGUGUCGACAAGUACCCUCCGGGUUAUGAUGGAGCAGUUCCAGUUUGGUAAUAAGAUCUGUGAGGAAAUUGAACUGAAUAAAACUCAAUGGGGUGCUUUAUUUGAGCCUUACCUUUUCUUCGAGGCAUAUAAAAACUAUCUGCAGGUUGACAUAGGUGCAGCUGAUGCUGAUGAUUUGCUUUCUUGGAAGGGCUGGGUGGAGUCCCGGCUUAGGCAGCUUACUCUCAAGAUAGAGCGGGACACAUUUGGGAUGUUGCAGUGCCAUCCUUAUCCAAAUGAGUAUGUUGACACCUCGAAGCAGUGUUCACAUUGUGCCUUUUUUAUGGGUUUGCAGCGGAAACAGGGUGUGAGAGUCCAGGAAGGCCAGCAAUUUGAUAUACGUGGGACAGUUGAUGAGUUCAGGCAUUCAGUGAACAUGUACAAGCUUUGGAAACCAGGGAUGGAAAUCUAUGUUUCUCAUGUCCGUAGAAAGCAGAUCCCUUUGUAUGUGUUUCCUGAUGGGUACAGACGGCCUAGGCCACCAAGGGUUCCAGCACGGCAGGCUGAUAAAUCGUCUCAAGAAGAUGAUGAGUGCAGGGAUGGCUGUGCAGAGACGAGGCUCAAGAGGAAGAAGGAUCCGGAAGUUUCUGAUCUGAAGGCAGAUGGGAAACCAGAGAAGCGUGCUUCUAUCAGCCCUCCAAGACUGGAAUCUUUCUCUACUGUUACUGACUGCAGGUCUGGAGGCACAUCUCAGACACAGGAUUUAGGAGCUGGAAAUGUAGAUGGUCAUGCUGAGUCUGGGUUUUCAGGUAGCAAGUUAGAAAACAAGAAAGGUGCUGCUGGAAAUGAUGUGCGAACCCAUGAACCGGGGAGAGAGACUUUAAUUAGCACUGGGAAGCAAUUAUUUGCUCCCUCUGUUGGUAGUACCCUGUUAACUGAGAUGUGCCAGGAUGAGUACAAAUUAGGGAAUCUGGCAUCAGGGAAAUUGGACAGUGCAGGGGUUGGACCUGGCGUUGGAGCCAGUGGCAUGCUGAACAAUGCGGUUCGUACUGAGGACGUCGAAUCGGUGUCUGUAGCAGGUUCCUGUGAGAAUGCAGAUUUCUCUGAAGGGAGUGAUAACCUGGGGUCUUUGCAGGUUGGUGGCGCAUGUGAGGCAGAUUCAGACACACUACUGGAUGAUGGAAACAUGAAUGGGAGUGGAAUUUUUCAGCGUAGUUUGUCGGAAGAGUUAGAGCCAAAUGUUGCAUUGGGGAUGGUCUUGAAAGCUCGAAGUGGAGUAAGUUCAGAUUCUGUCCAGAAAUCAGUGAUAAGGCAUGUGUUUCGAAACUCUAAAUUUUCUCUUGGGAAGGUUUGUGCUGUGUUAUCUUUAUACUGUCCUGUUUGGUUGGUUGGUUUGCUUCUCUUUUUUGCAGGUUGAGCUUGACAUCGAAGGCAUGAGGACUUGAUGCUGCUG